UCUGAGGUCCGGGUUGGCAUUGCAGGCAAAUGACUUUCAUGCCGUUUCAAUGUCCGUGCAAAAUCGUGUAGAUAUUCCAAAAUGAAUAUCAUAAGAUCCUCGCUGUCCCGCUUCAGUGGAGUGAUAACCUCGAGCAGGAGUGGCUUGUUUCCACCGGGCGCCGUUCUAGAAGCCCAGACUUCCAGCGGCAGGUGCGCUCCUCUCUCGUGGCGCUCGGAGGGAGCGGGGGUGUUCCAGCAGCUUCCGUGGCAGUAUCAGCAGAUCCGCACCAGGAAGCGAGGUACGGAGUACCAGCCCAAGAACAUCAAGAGGAAGAGGACCCACGGCUGGAUCAAGAGACUGAGCACCCAGGGAGGCAUCGAGGUCAUCCUGCGGAGGAUGCUGAAAGGGAGGAAGUCGCUGACACACUGACGGACCAAGAAAAGACUACUUCCUGUUGGACUUUGAUCAGACCUGUCCUGGUACUGGAGGUUCUGUGUGAAUAAAUAGCCGUGUUGGGACGAUUGUGCAGGGUUGAGAUCUGAGGGUGUUACCACUUUUGGGACUGCUCAGUUUAAGAAGUUAUUUGAUGAUGGUCUGAUUUGUAUCGAAUCAUUUUCGCAAUGUGUUUGAAUAUGUCUGGUUUAACUUGGUCAUCGGACGAACUCUGUAGACCUCAGGCAGCGGAGGGUGGCUACUCUGGGUUGUAAUCAGGCAGGAAGCAGUCACCCAUGUAACUGUCUUACUGACAGACAGACAGACAGGCUAUCUUACAGACAGGCAGGCUAUCCUGUACGUCUUGGUUUGAAAUGGCUCAUCAUAUGGAAGUUGUGACUGAAAGACACCAAAUAAUUGUUAUUACUCUUGUCCAUCGGUAGGCUGGGAUUCUGCAUCUGUGCGUUCUGCUUGUUGUACCAGAGCCAUUAAAAUGUGUUUGAAUGUGUGUGCUGCUCUAAAUAAAUACUUGUACAUAAAUCA